AUGCUGGAGCGCUGCGAGCAGACAGAGAAGUCGCCUCUGGUGGGCCCUUUUCCAGCGCUCAGGUGGAUCAAGUCGGCGGCCCCGAGGCUGAACGAGUCCAUGACGACAGUCGAGCGGCGGGCGCGCUUCCUGGGGUGCGUGGUGAAGGCGUUCCUGAGAAGCGCCGUGCAGGCCGCCUGCCCAGGGCAGCCGCUUGCCAAGGACGUGCUCGAGGAGAGGGAUAUGGACGAUAUUGCCAAGCGCAUUCCCGUGAUGGAUCUGAUGAUGAGCCCGCUCGCUCAGGCCUUGCGGCGGCACCCCGAUUAUUCUGGCCAGUAUCUGGUGAAGGACGAGUACCUGGGCGAGAUAUCCAUCGGCGACCCACAGGGCAACGGCAAAAACGUCAUCAUGAGAGUGACGAAAGACAGCUCAGGGAGCCCAACACUUCAGACAGUUGCGGAGGAGCUGGUGUCUUGGAACAUCUCGCAGGAGGAGGCAUCCAAGAUCUUCGAGGACGCAACAGGGGCUCAUGCGAGGAGCAACGCUAUCAUGCAGUCUCCGGGCCCCUAG